AUGGAUGGAACAGGUCGUGCUGCUGCUUCACCAAACGAAUCUAAACGUCACUUGUCACAGCUAGGUCGUUUUGAAGGAUUAGGAAGUCUUGUAGACGAAAUUGCAGGAGAUGCUGAAGACGAAGAAGUCAAUGAGAAUUCUGGUUCAGAUAUUUCUCCUCAUGAAGCCAUUGAUUAUUCUGACAUCAUGGAAGUUGCGGAUGAAGAAAGUUGUAAUGAUAGGAAUUACAGAGAUGCAAUGAAUGACAUGCAAGCGCCAUCUAAAGAUUCUGAUUCUGAUGAUGACUAUGAUGCUGAGGAAGAUGGAGCAAACCAAUCAAAGAAUGAUACUAAAUUAAUGCCACCACCGUCAAUAACGCCACCAUUUAGAAGUCAAUUAUCAGACACGCGAUUGGAUGUACCUGGUGAGGAAGACUGUGACAAUGCCGGACAAUCUGUUGAACCGAGUGAAGAGGUUUAUAACAAUGCUGGAAAGACUGCUGUAUCUUAUAAAGAUAAUUAUGACAAUAAUGAACAGAGUGUUAAAACAGAGACAAUUAACUCUGAAGACAAGGAACAGAAAGAUGAGAAUUCUGUGACGAAAAUGGAAACAAUGAAAGAAGAGCCAGCUUUAACUGUUACUCAAUUAUUUCCUGAGUUUAGACCGGGAAAGGUGCUUAGAUUUUCCAAACUAUUUGGUCUUGGAAAACCUUCAUCACUGCCGCAUAUAUGGAGAGGAUCUAAGAGGAAAAGACGAAAAAAGAAACCUGUUGCCGAGGACGACCAGAACUCUGCUGAUGUACAAAAGACUUACAUGUAUGGUAUAGAAAUUAAGCCAAAAAUUAUGCCAACAAUAGAGGAUUGUUUGGUUGACGAUGAGGUUCUACAUGGUACCCCAAUGGAAGUUAAACCUGAACAAAUGGCACUAGACAAAGACAAAGAGAAGGAGUGUAAACCUAAGGUAGCUGAAUGGCGCUAUGGACCUGCUCAGUACUGGUAUGAUCUGUUAGGUGUGGAUCCCACAGCUCAAGAAUUGGAUUAUGGAUUCAAACUUAAAUCAGAAAAUGAGAAUACAGAAGAGAAGGAUGCUACAAAACCAACAGAUGAAAACUCUGACAAAUCUGAUGAAGAUUUGGAAGAUAAAGAAAACCAAACAUUCAAAGCACCAGACGAGUGUUUUCAGAUGGUGACACAGAUGCACUGGGAAGACGAUGUUGUAUGGAAUGGGGAGGAAUCUAAAAAUAGAAUAAUGAACAGUAUAGCCAUGACAAGAGCUGGUUGGAUACCUACAAGUGCUAAUAGAACAGCUCAUUUGUAUAAUUUACAUAUGGACCAACAUCAACAGCAGCAAAAACAUGAGAAAAAGAAGGAUACCUGGUUUUCUAUUUUUCCUGUUGAAAAUGAAGAACUUGUUUAUGGAAGAUGGGAAGAUAAAAUCAUUUGGGAUGCUCAGAAUAUGGAAAGAAUUCCAUCACCGCCAAUGUUGCAAUUAGAUCCAAAUGAUGAGAAUCUGGUUCUUGGGAUCCCGGAUGAUAAAGAUCCCAAUCAGGAAUCUAGUACACAAGUCAAGGAGAAGAAGGAGCCAAGAAGAUCAAAAAUAUUGCUUGAAAAAUCUGGCGUUACAAAACCUGAACCACAGACUUACAAUGAAAUAGAACAAAAUGAUUCAUUUAAUCUGUCUAAUGAUGAGUACUAUAAUCCAAAAGAUACCAGAGAAAGUUCAUUACGAAGUGCCAUGGCUGGAUUGUUACAGCAUUCUACGCCAGCAUUGGAGCUACGACAGCCAUUCUUUCCAACACAUUAUGGACCAAUCAAAUUGAGGUCCUUCCAUCGACCAUCAAUAAAACGGUAUUCUCAUGGACCAAUGGCGAGUCCAGGCUUUCAUCCUGUGUAUCCGUUACUCAGACAAAUAAAAAAAAAAGCAAAGGAACGUGAGCAAGAAAGAUUGGCAUCGGGUGGAGGUGAGAUGUUUUUUAUGAGAACACCAGAAGACUUGACUGGAUCUGAUGGUGAUUUGAUACUUGCUGAAUAUAGUGAAGAAUAUCCACCACAUAUUAUGAAUGUCGGAAUGGCUACAAAGAUAAAAAAUUACUACAAACGAAAACCUGGUAUAGACAGUAAACCACCUGACUAUAAAUACGGAGAGACUGUAUACGCCCACUCAUCACCGUUCCUCGGUUCGCUACAGCCAGGACAGUCGCUACAAGCAUUUGAAAAUAAUUUAUUUCGCAGUCCUAUCUAUAGACAUCGUUUACCUCUCACAGAUUUUCUGAUUAUUAAAACCAGACAAGGCUAUUAUAUUCGUGAAAUUGAAGAUAUAUACACAGUGGGGCAGCUAUGUCCAUUAAUGGAGGUACCCGGUCCGAAUUCCAAGAAAGCUAACAACCACAUCAGGGAUUUUCUACAGGUGUUUAUUUAUCGGUUAUUUUGGAAGAGUAAAGAUAAACCAAGAAGGAUUAAAAUGGAGGACAUUAAAAGAGCAUUCCCGACUCAUUCUGAAAGUAGUAUUAGAAAACGUUUAAAAUUAUGUGCUGAUUUCAAGAGAACUGGUAUGGAUUCCAAUUGGUGGGUGUUAAAACCUGAUUUUAGAUUGCCAACAGAGGAAGAGAUUCGCGCUAUGGUGUCUCCAGAACAAUGUUGUGCAUAUGCCAGUAUGUUAGCUGCUGAGCAGAGACUGAAGGAUGCUGGAUAUGGUGAGAAAUCGUUUCUAGCUCCAGAUGAUGAUAAUGAAGAUAAUGAUGUCCGUAUUGAUGAUGAGGUUCGGGCAGCCCCAUGGAAUACAACCAGGGCAUUUAUCUCUGCAAUGAAAGGAAAAUGUUUACUAGCAAUAACCGAUCCCACGGCCGAUCCUACUGGGUCAGGCGAAGGAUUCUCAUACAUCAAAAUACCGAAUAAACCGCAACAACAGAAA